GCCACUGCUAACCAUUGUGCAGACAUCAUGGGUACGGUGCUGUCUCUGUCUCCCAGCUACCGCAAGGCUGUGCUGUUUGAGGACGGCCCAGCCACUGUGGGCCACUACACAGCUGUCCAGAACAGCAGAAACGCUAAGGAUGCUGCUGCAGCAGCUGGAAAAUCCCUCAAACGCCCCUCUAUCAUCAGUGUGUUGCCAUGGAAACGCAUUGUGGCUGUAUCGGCAAAGAGGAAGGGCUCCAAGAAGUUGCAGGCAGAGGGUGGGGAUGGUGGUAAAGGGAGCCCUCUGGAUGGCCAUGUCACAGCCACGGCCAACUCAGCCUCCAGUAGCCUGAAGCUGAAGAAGUCUCAGUCCUGUGCUAACCUUUCCUCUUACUCCUCAAGCCAGGAUACUACCACCACUACCUCCUCCAACCUGCCCGUCUCCAAGACCUUGGCUAAUGUAGCUACUGUUGCUGCCAAAAAGAAUUCCCUCACAGGUUCCGGGAUCCAAACGUCUACUGCAACGGGCACACCAAAACGUGUCAUUGUCCAGGCAUCCACCAGCGAACUGAUGCGUAGCCUGGGUGAGUUCCUGUGCCGCCGGUGCUACAGACUGAAGCGUUUAUCCCCGACCGACCCGGUGCUGUGGCUGCGCAGCGUUGACCGCUCCCUCCUGCUACAGGGCUGGCAGGAUCAGGGCUUCAUCACUCCAGCUAAUGUGGUCUUCCUCUACAUGCUGUGCCGCGAUGUGGUCUCAUCCGAGGUGACCUCAGAGCGCGAGCUGCAGGCCUCACUGCUCACCUGCCUGUACCUUUCCUACUCCUACAUGGGAAACGAGAUCUCCUACCCACUGAAGCCCUUCCUGGUCGAGGCGGAGAAGGAUGCUUUCUGGGACCGCUGCCUAGAGAUCAUCAAUCGCAUGAGCGGCAAAAUGCUCCAGAUCAACACAGACCCGCACUUCUUUACCCAAGUGUUUGCUGACCUUAAGAACGAGAGCAAGAAAGAAGAGGAGAAGACCAAACUCUUCAUAGGGCUUGACCGAUAAGAGGGAGCUGGGAGGAGGAGGUAAAGAUGGAUGGAUAGAAAAAUAGGUUGAGAAUGGAUGGACUAAUGUAAUAUAGCGUAGGGACACCUUGGUGCAGUACUGUUGUCUGGCGUCUCUACUAGUAAUCAUUUACCAAACGCCUUGUUUGUGACCCAGAACAGAGAGCUUCUGGGAGUAACCACUGUGUUUUAAUCAUCUGAAUUUGUGUAAUGAGCAGAACCACAUGGAAUCUGAAGACGCACAAUUGUUCAAAACAUAUUUUCUUUAUAUUUUAAACAAAUAAAGAAAAAUGUAGCUUAUCUCUACCCCAAACCAGCUUUAUUUGGCUGAUUAUCCUUCUGGAUCAUUGCUGAAAACUGUAAAAAAAGAUUCUAUUAACUAACAAACAGAGGCACUAACUAAUCUUUGUCUCGCCUGAUGGCAGAAAUUGGCCUACAGGGAACGUUAACUACAACAAUGCAGAUCAAAUCACAGUUGCUGUAGGAUGUGGCCACGGCAUCAUCAGCCACAUUAUUGGACAUGAUUGGAUCUGAUUAGAUUCUCAGGGGUGUCAUGCUAUCCAAUGCCUGGAUCAACGGGCACAGGAUUUGACAAUAACAAACUUUAAGUUAGAGAUACCAUAAUUUGCUUUUAAGGACAAUUUAAUUGAUAACACCGACGGAUGUUUAGCAAACACCUGGUCAAUAGGGCUGGUGCUGUGUAUGUCCAGACAGAAUCUGCAGACUCAGAUAUCUUCAGAUUUUUCACAGAUUUUCCACAGAUUUUAAACAAACUAAAACAAAUACAAGACAAAAUGUUAACACAUCUCCAUGGGAUGCAGAAAAAACAGUACACUGACUUCCACAGAUUUUCCAGAGAUUUUAAAUGACUUAAAAAUGUAUUAUUGAAACUCAUAAUGUUAACAGUUAAGCAGAUUUUCCCGCAGAAUUUCGACUGAUUUAGAAAAAUGAGAAAGAAAAAACAGUCUGCUACAUUCUGCAGAUUUUAAUUCUGUAUCACCUCUCCUUUUGAGUCUGCUGAUGUGAAAUUAACAGGCUGUGAGAAAGGGAUAUUUAUCAUUUUUAUUUUUUGCCUCAGGCUCAGAGACAUGCAUCAGUCUGACCUGUACCUUGUUUCAGUGAGAUAAGAAAUGCAAUCAAUCAAUGCAAUUAUU